GAUAGUACUAAAAUCCGAAGAACAUCUCCUUUUGCCUGUUUUUGUCAACUUCGUUUCAAAGGCACAAUUACAUAUGCCGAUAAACCCAGCAUUAAAAAUUUCAUUACCCCUAUAAUGCGGAAUAGAGACUUCUAUGAUAUACAACUUCCCAUAACUCGGCAUUAUCACACAUACUCCAAAGUCCACAAUGGCCUCCUCCCCUGUGCUCUUAGCCAUUCUCUUCAGCUUUGCGGCUCUUUCCUUCUACUCCCCACUGGUGGCCGGCGCCGACGACGGCGGCCAGGUGGUCGCCUCCGUUCCGCCUCUAAUCUUCGUCUUCAGAAACGGCACAAUCAACCGCCCGCUCGACCAGAAGAAACUCCCUCCGUCACCGCGCGAUCCAGCCACCGGGGUCUCUUCCAGAGACAUAACCAUUUCCGGCAGAAUUCCCGCCCGGAUUUAUCUCCCUCGGCUUGAAUCCCGCUCCGAGAAGCUCCCGGUUCUGAUCUGGUACCACGGCGGCGGGUUUUGUAUGGGAUCCGCAUUCGCCUCCGGCGACCACCAGUUCCUCAACAUCCUCGCGUCCAAAUCGAAGAUCCUCGCCGUCUCCGUCGACUACCGAAUCGCGCCGGAGCACCUUCUCCCCGCCGCAUACGAGGACAGCUGGGCCGCCGUCCGAUGGGUCGCAUCCCACGCUGUUCCCGGGUCAGCCCGGACAGAUCCGGCACUCCUCCAGCACGGAAACUUCAGCAGAGUGUUCCUCGGCGGAGACAGCUCCGGCGCCAACAUAGUCCACAACAUGAUCGUCAGAUCCGCCGGCGAGAAAUUACCCGGAAACCUGAGAAUCUUCGGCGGAAUCCUGACCCACCCGUUCUUCUGGGGAUCCAAGGACGGCGACACCCAGAGCUUCGGGUACAGAGACUGGAGCUUCGCAUACCCGGCGGCUCCGGGCGGGAUCGACAACCCGAUGAUCAACCCGUUUUCGAAGCGGAUAACUGGGUUACGAACAUCCCGCAUCUUCGUGUCGAUUGCGGAGCUUGAUGGCCUGAGAGCGAAGGGGGUGGAGUAUGUGAACGCGGUGAACGGAAGCGGGUGGAGAGGUGAAAUUGAGCUGUUGGAGGUAGCAGGGGUGGGACACAGUUUCUACCUCAACCAUAUCCAUUCAAUUAAAGCUUUUUAUCUCAUAACCCAAAUUGCCAAGUUUAUUAAUCACUGAUUUUGUGUAUUUACCUCGACCAAUUGAGUUUGUCCUAAACUUGUUGUGCUAUCUAUGUUCAAUUGGUGUUUUGGUUGUGGCUUAAGAUUUGAUGUUAUCAAUGCUCUGCAUGGUGAUGUAUCUCGACUGGGAUGCUUUUGUCUA